CAUGAGCACCGUCUGUCACUGUGCUCAUCACAGUACGUCACGUAGAAAAUGCUGCACUGUGGAUUUUCAAGGCAGUGGAUUUUAGGGGCAGUGUAAAUUCGUCUCAGGCGGCUGGGUGUCUGGAGCUAGAAUGCAGUGGAGUUUGUGUGUGUAUGUGUGUGUGUGCGUACCUGUAGCAUUCCUCUGUACUCUGAUCUCUUCUCAGCUCCUCCAGCAGCAACCCUGUCGACUCAUCCACCCUUCCAGCCUGCCUGUGGUGGCGGAUGAGGGGAAUAUCACUCUGGGGGCUCUGUUCUCGCUCCACGAUGCUGUUCUGGAAUCACAGUGGACAUUCAGCACUCAGCCUGAACUCGCUCAGUGCACUGGGUUUAAUUUCCGGACCUUCCGCUGGAUGCAGACCAUGAUAUUCGCGAUAGAGAAGAUCAACAGAGACACCCGUCUCUUGCCCAACAUUAAACUGGGCUAUAAGAUCUAUGACUCGUGCAGCUCACCUCUCCAUGCGCUUCGCACAGCCGUGGAGCUGAUGGGGGGGAGAGAGGAGGGGAGCAGUGGAACAGAGUGUCAGGGCAAGGUCCCAGUUGUCAUUGGUGAUGGUGGAUCCACGUUAUCAAUGGUGGUUGCGCACUUUUUAGGUGUUUUCCAGGUGCCUCAGGUCAGCUAUUUCUCAAGCUGCGCAUGUUUGAGCAACAAAAAGGCAUUCUCCUCUUUUCUAAGAACCAUGCCCAGUGACUUUUUCCAGGUGGAUGCCCUGGCUCAGCUCGUACAGCACUUUGGAUGGACCUGGGUGGGAACAGUGGCUGGCGAUGAUGCGUACGGCCGCGGGGGUGCCCAGAUCUUUAACGACAAAGUCACCAAGCUGGGUGCAUGCAUUGCCUUUUAUGAGAUCAUUCCCAAAAACCAUGCCCCGGCUGAGAUGAGCAGGAUUGUCAAGCGUAUCAGUGGGUCAGGGGCUCGAGUGGUGCUUGUGUUUGCUCUGGAGCAGGAUGUGAAGGCUCUCUUCUCUGAGGCUCUGAAGCACAACCUUACUGGGAUUCAGUGGCUGGCCAGCGAGGCGUGGAUCACAGCAGCCGUAAUCUCAACCCCGGAGUUCCACAGCAUUCUUCAGGGCUCCAUGGGCUUUGCCAUACGCAGGGCUGAUAUACCCGAGUUGCGGCCUUUCUUGCUGCGUCUGAACCCCACCGCCUACUCGGACGACCCCUUCGUCCUGCAGUUCUGGGAGGAGAUGUUUAAGUGCUCCCUUCACAAUAGAAGCAGUGGGGCCAUCUGUAAUGGCUCUGAGAACUUGGCCAGUGUACAAAGCAUUUACUCAGAUGUCUCCCAGCUAAGGAUCUCAUAUAUUGUGUAUAAAGCAGUAUAUGCGAUUGCCUAUGCUCUGAAUGAUAUGAUGAAGUGUGUGCCAGAGAGGGGACCCUUCCCUGGGGGAGCCUGCCCUGACACACGCAGCAUUAAGCCAUGGCAGCUCCUGUAUUAUCUGAAGAAAGUAGACUUCAUUAAUGAGUUUGGUGAACAGACCAAGUUUGAUGAGAACGGUGACCCCGGGGCCAUGUAUGACCUGAUCAACUGGCAGCUUUCAGAGUUUGGGGAGGUCCAGUAUGCCACUGUUGGCACAUUCGAUGAAACUAAGACCACUAAACUAGUGAUUGAGGCGAAAAAGAUUGUUUGGAAUGGUUAUCAGAGACAAGUCCCUGUGUCUGUCUGCAGUAGCAGCUGUCCCCUGGGCACCAGGAAGGCCAUUAGGCCAAGUUUCCCUGUCUGCUGCUUUGACUGCAUUCUCUGUGCAGCUGGGGAGAUUAGCAAUCAGACAAAUGCCGUAGAGUGUGUGACAUGUCCACCUGAAUUCUGGUCCAACCUGAAGAGGGACGCCUGCAUACCCAAGCUGGUGGAGUUCCUGUCCUAUGAAGACACCAUGGGCAUGGUUCUGCUGGCUGUGGCCCUCUUGGGAUCCUGUGCCACUCUUGCCACUGCCCUCAUCUUCGCCUGCAAGCGGCACACGCCCCUGGUCCGAGCCAACAACUCUGAACUGAGCUUCCUCAUCCUCAGCUCUCUAUGGCUGUGCUUCCUGUGUGCACUGGCCUUUAUUGGGCAGCCCACUGCCUGGUCUUGCCAGUUGCGCCAUACAGCCUUUGGCAUCGCAUUCUGCCUCUGCCUUUCUUGCAUCCUGGGGAAGACCCUGGUGGUGCUGAUGGCUUUUAAAGCCACUCUGCCAGGCAGCAAUGCCAUGAGGUGGUUUAGGCCUCCACAGCUGCGUGCUCUGAUCUUUCUCUGCACUGCAGUGCAGAUAGGGAUUUGUGGUGCAUGGUUAGGUUUGGCACCUCCUGUCCCCCGCAGGCUGAUGACCCGGGAGUCCGCACGCAUCAUCCUAAUGUGUGAUAUGGGCUCCACACUCGCCUUCUCCCUGGUGCUGGGCUACAUUGGACUCCUGGCUGCCAUCUGCUUUCUGCUGGCCUUCUUCGCCCGCAAACUUCCAGACAAUUUUAAUGAAGCCAAGUUCAUCACCUUCAGCAUGCUGAUCUUCUGUGCUGUGUGGAUCACCUUUGUUCCAGCAUACGUCAGCUCUCCAGGGAAGUACACUGUGGCUGUGGAGGUCUUUGCCAUUUUGGCCUCCAGUUACGGCCUUCUACUGUGCAUCUUUGCCCCAAAGUGUUACAUUAUCUUACUCAGACCAGAUAAGAACACAAGAAAGAACAUGAUGGCAAAGUAGUCAAGAAAAACUGCAUGGACAUUUACAUAGAGAAAACACAAUGAGUGAUUUGGUGUGAAAUGCUAAAUGCCCCAUUUAAGGUACAUCACAAAAUGUUUAUAUAUGCCACUUGAUGCCCAGGAUAUUUUUAUGUUUUCUUUCUUUUAGGAGCCAAUUAUGAUUACAGCAAAGUUACCACCCCUCAAUGUCUGUAAGCGUGUCUAUUAGGGGUGGGGAUCUGUAGGCACCUUACUAUUCAAUAACAAUGUAGAGUUUGCGAUGCGAUUAUAAAACAAGUAUCGGUGCAUCUUGAUGCAUCUUUUUCUUCUAUACAGCAUUUCUUUUCUUCAUUGCGUGACUACUUGGUACUUUUAAAGUAAACUUUUAAUACUGAUUAAUACAAAAAUUAAUGAUGUUAGAAUAAUAUUAAAACCAGCUACAAGAAAAGCAGACACAAAAAUGUUAUGGCUACCCUGGUAUGGUACUGUACGGAAUUGGUUUUAAUGUUGUGGCUGAUCUCUGUUUGAUCUGCA